GAGAGCAGAGUCAGCAGGAUCCAGCUGUCUGUCUAUGAAGAGUGACUGGUCCAAAGAUGAACCUCCAUACUUCAGUACUGAACCUGGACCCUCAGACACAGGAUCCAGCUGUCUGUCUAUGAAGAGUGACUUGUCCAAAGAUGAACCUCCAGACUUCAGUACUGAACCUGGACCCUCAGACACAGGAUCCAGCUGUCUGUCUAUGAAGAGUGACUGGUCCAAAGGAGGAAUUCCUCCAGACUUCAGUACUGAACCUGGACCCUCAGACACAGGAUCCAGCUGUCUGUCUAUGAAGAGUGACUGGUCCAAAGGAGGAAUUCCUCCAGACUUCAGUACUGAACCUGGACCCUCAGACACAGGAUCCAGCUGUCUGUCUAUGAAGAGUGACUGGUCCAAAGGAGGAAUUCCUCCAGACUUCAGUACUGAACCUGGACCCUCAGACACAAAAGGGAGGAAGAGGAGUCAUGUUUCUGUGGAGGAGCAGCCGUCCUGCUGUGCUUUGUGUCAGGACGUCCUGAAGGAUCCAGUCUCUACCAGCUGUGGACACUGGUUCUGCAGACGGUGCAUCGCCUCAUACUGGGACCAGUCUGCUUCAUCAGGACACUCCUCCUGUCCCCAGUGUGGAAAAAGAUCCAGAUCCAGAGCUGGACUGCAGACAGCCAGUCAGAGCAGCUCUGUACAAAUGGAUGGCAGUCUGCAGGAGGUUUUAGAUGAACAUAAGAUCAGUCUGAGGAGGAGAUGUGAACGUGUGACUGAAGGAAGUGAUGAAACAGGAAGUGGAACCCUCCUCAACAGGAUCUACACUGAGCUCUACAUCACAGAGGGACAGAGUGAAGAGGUUAAUACCCAGCAUGAGGUGAGGCAGCUUGAGACAGCUUCCAAGAAGAAGACCCUCCAUGACACUCCAAUCAGGUGCCAGGACAUCUUUAAAGCCUUACCUGGCCAACAGAGAGCCAUCAGAGUGGUUCUGACCAACGGCGUCGCUGGCGUUGGAAAAACCUUCUCGGUGCAGAAGUUCACUCUGGACUGGGCAGAGGGCUCGGAAAACCAAGAUGUCGGUCUGCUGGUUCUGCUCUCGUUCAGGGAGCUGAACUUGAUCAAAGAUGAGCGGCACAGUCUCCUCACGCUGCUCCACGUUUUCCAUCCAACAUUACAGAAGGUCCCAGCAGAGAAGCUCGCCGUCUGGAAACUGUUGUUCAUCUUUGACGGCCUGGAUGAAAGCAGACUUUCAUUGGAUUUCAACAACAGUGAGGUUGUGUCUGAUGUCACACAGAAGUCAUCAGUCAACCUGCUGCUGACAAACCUCAUCGAGGGGAAUCUGCUUCCCUCGGCUCUCGUCUGGAUAACUUCCAGACCUGCGGCGGCCAAUCAGAUCCCUCCUUCGUGUGUCGGCAGGGUAACAGAAGUACGAGGCUUCAAUGACGCCCAGAAGGAGGAGUACUUCAGGAGGAGAGUCAGUGAUGAAGAGCUGUCCAGCAGAAUCAUCUCACACAUCAAGACCUCCAGGAGCCUCCACAUCAUGUGUCUAAUCCCAGUCUUCUGCUGGAUCACUGCUACAGUUCUGGAGCACAUGUUGACUACAGAGCAGAGAGGAGAGCUGCCCAAGACCCUGACUGACCUGUACUCACACUUCCUGCUGGUUCAGAUAAAGAGGAAGAAGCAGAAGUACGAUGAGGGACAUGAGACGAGUCCACAGGAGCUGACGGAGGCUGACAGGGAGGUUCUUCUGAAGCUGGGGAGGCUGGCGUUUGAACAGCUGCAGAAAGGAAACAUCAUGUUCUACCAAGAAGACCUGGAGCAGUGUGGUCUUGAUGUCACAGAGGCCUCGGUGUACUCAGGAGUUUGUACAGAGAUCUUCAAAAGAGAGAGUGUGAUCUUCCAGAAAACAGUCUACUGCUUUGUUCAUCUGAGUGUUCAGGAGUUUCUGGCUGCAGUCUACAUGUUCUACUGUUACACCAGCAGGAACUCAAAGGUACUGAAGGACUUCCUGGGUAAAAAACAAGAUGAUUCAACCCUGGAUUUCUUCUUGACGGGAGCAAUGAAGAAAUCCCUGAGGAGUAAAAAUGGCCACCUGGACCUGUUUGUUCGCUUCCUUCAUGGCCUCUCUCUGGAGUCCAACCAGAGACUCUUAAGAGGCCUGCUGGGUCAGACAGACAACAGUCCAGAAAUCAUCCAGAGAGCCAUCAGCAAUCUGAACAAGAUGAACAAUAAUAAGAUCUCUCCUGACAGAAGCAUCAACAUCUUCCACUGUCUGACGGAGAUGAAUGACCACUCAGUACAUCAGGAGAUCCAAGAGUUCCUGAAGUCAGAGAACAGAUCAGAGAAGAAACUCUCAGAGAUCCACUGCUCAGCUCUGGCCUACAUGCUGCAGAUGUCAGAGGAGGUUCUGGAUGAGUUGGACCUGAAGAAGUACAACACAUCAGACCAGGGACGACUGAGACUGAUUCCAGCUGUGAGGAACUGCAGAAAGGCUCGAUUGAGCGACUGCAGUUUGUCAGAGAUCAGCUGUGCUUCUCUGGCCUCAGCUCUGAAGUCCAACCCCUCCCAUCUGAGAGCUCUGGACCUGACUAACAACAAGCUGCAGGAUUCAGGAGUGAAGCUGCUGUGUGGUUUUCUGGAGAGUCCACACUGCAGACUGGAGACUCUGAGGUUGAGUCUCUGCAGUUUGUCAGAGAUCAGCUGUGCUUCUCUGGCCUCAGCUCUGAAGUCCAACCCCUCCCAUCUGAGAGAGAUAAACCUGAGUGACAACAAGCUGCAGGAUUCAGGAGUGAAGCUGCUGUGUGGUUUUCUGGAGAGUCAACACUGCAGACUGGAGACUCUGAGAUUGUGGGGCUGCAGUUUGUCAGAGAUCAGCUGUGCUUCUCUGGCCUCAGCUCUGAAGUCCAACCCCUCCCAUCUGAGAGAGCUGGACCUGAGAGACAACGAGCUGCAGGAUUCAGGAGUGAAGCUGCUGUGUGGUUUUCUGGAGAGUCCACACUGUAGACUGGAGACUCUGAGAUUGUGGCGCUGCAGUUUGUCAGAGAUCAGCUGUGCUUCUCUGGCCUCAGUUCUGAAGUCUAGCCCGUCCCAUCUGAGAGAGCUGGACCUGGACUUCAACAACCUGCAGGAUUCAGGAGUGAAGCUGCUGUGUGGUUUUCUGGAGAGUCCACACUGUAGACUGCAGACUCUAAGACUAAGGAGCUGCAGUUUGUCAGAGACCAGCUGUGCUUCUCUGGCCUCAGCUCUGAAGUCCAACCCCUCCCAUCUGAGAGAGCUGGACCUGAGUAGCAACAAGCUGCAGGAUUCAGGAGUGAAGCUGCUGUGUGGUUUUCUGGAGAGUCCACACUGCAGACUGGAGACUCUGAGCUGGAAGCCAACUUUAAGGUGGUAAACAUGAGAAAGGUGGAGGUGUUGAGAGAGGAUCAGCUGUGUCCUGAUGAUCCAGAGAGGUUGAAGCAGCAGCAUCAGCUUGUGUGUGGAGAGGCUCUGACUGGGCCAUGUUACUGGGAGGUAGAGUGGAGAGGAGAGCUUCAUCCAGCAGUGACUGACAGAGGAAUCCCAACAGUGCUGCAGUCUGAACUGCUCUGAGAUCAGCUCCACUGUCAGACACAAAGUCAAGUCCACCACCAUCCCUGUGUGUUCCUCUGGAUGUGACAGAGUAUCAUCAGUGGAUCUGGACUGCUCUGCUGCUGCUCUGUCCUUCUACACAGUCUCUGCAGACACACUGAGACUCCUCCACUCCUUCUGCUGCACACUCAGACACCUCCUCCACCUGGACUUUACUAGCUUAAUUUUUUUACAUUCAUUUAGAUAUUAUAAACCCAAAGUGCCUCUACAGACUAGUCCCGUUUAUUUUAACAUAACUGCAGAUGAAAAUUUAUUUAAAUGGAUAUUUCUAUUUAGCUUUCUGUCGCAGCGCCACCUUGUGGAUUGAUCGUUCUCAGCAGCGUUCAUGUUCUGCAGCUUCUGCUGGAGCUGCUUUUCCACUGUUUUCCACGUGCUGAUCUAUUCUAAACACACAUCUACUUCCUGUCAGUCCUGGGAGAGGGAUCCCUCCACUGCUGCUCCUCCUGAGCCUUUUUUCUUUUUGGGGGGAAUCAAUGUUACAAGUAUAGAGGGGUUUGAAUCCUGUACAGAUUGUAAAGUUCCUUAAGGCUAAUUAUGAUUUAUGAUUCUGGGGUAUAUAAAUAAACCAAUAAUUUAUAAUUUAGUUAAAUGCUCCUGAUUACUCUUUUAUUUAGAAGUAGAAGGAGAUGUUGUUUUUUAUAACCACUGAUGAUGAUGAUGAUGAUGAUGAUGAUGAUGAUGAUGGCUGCCUGAUGUACUGCAGGUUAUCUGUUAAGUUGUCUUUUGAUGUACUUUGUUUUGUGUGAGCUUGUGUGGUAGGU